AUGGCUCCUCAGGUCUUCUUUAUCACUGGUACUUCGACUGGUUUCGGAAACGAGCUCGUGAAGAAGUGUCUUGCCGAGGGCGACAAAGUGGUCGCCACCGCCCGCAAGUCCUCCAAGCUCAAAUUUGACGGCACCACAAAAGAUAACUACCUCGCCGUCGACCUCGACGUCACAAGCGAUGACUCCGUCCACGCCGCCUUCGACGCCGCCCUGCACCAAUUCGGCCGCAUCGACGUCGUCUGCAACAACGCGGGCUACGGCCUCAGCGGCGAAUUCGAAUCCGUGACCGAAGAACAAUCCCGCAAACAAAUGGAAGUCAACUUCUUCGGCCUGCUCAAAGUCACCCGUCGCGCGCUGAAGAUCAUGCGCGAGGUGAACAAACCCGCCGGCGGCAAGAUCCAGCAGAUUACGAGUAUUGGCGGGCAGAGGGGGGUGCCGACGUUCUCGAUUUAUUGCGCGAGUAAGUGGGCGGUGGAGGGGUUUACGGAGGCGGUUUGGAAGGAGUUGAAGCCGGAGUGGAAUAUCAAGCUCACUUGUAUUGAGCCGGGAGGUUUCCGGACGGAUUGGGCGGGGAGGAGUAUGGAGUUUGGGGCGCAGAAGGAAGCUGCCUACGACCAUAUCGAUGCCCAGUCGACCAUGGGCAAGCGUCAUGGUACCCAAGUGGGUGAUCCAGUAAAGGGCGCGAGAGCUUUCUGGGACAUUGCAAAGAUGGACGACCCACCACUCCGGGUUGUCAUUGGAAGUGACGCUUACGAGGGAAUUACGACCAAGAUCAAGGAGUACGGCGAGCUGUACCCCAAGUAUGAGAAGCUGAGCAAGAGCACCGACGUCGACGAGAAGUAA